CAGUCUAUGAGAGGAACACAGAGCUCAUAAACUCGCUUCAAGAGACAGGCUGUUAUUUAGUGUGAUAAAUAACGAAAAGUUUGAAAAACCCGGAAUGGCUAUCUCCGCGAGUUACCGGAUCUGUUUUUUUUCUGCGUGUGUGAUUUUUGCGUCGGCACAGCCUGAAAGUCUUAUAGUCGUGCUGGAUUCAGACAGUGACAACAUCAUAGUUGACCAGGUUGUUAAAGAUACACUACAGAGCGGCCUCACAACCGUCUUCCUGCCAAUUGUUUACAUACUUGUUUUUGCAUUGGGGUUUCCAACCAACGCGAUGGCGAUAUGGGUCUUGCUGUUCAGAUCAAAGAAAAUUUACCCUUCUGCCAUUUACAUGGGCAACCUGGCGCUGGCUGACCUGAUGUUUGUUAUCUGGACGCCUCUCAAGAUUGCUUACCAUUUAAAAGGAAAUAACUGGACAUUUGGGGAAGGGAUGUGCAAAGUUUUGGUGGGUUUCUUCUACGGCAACAUGUACUGCUCCAUCCUCUUCAUCACUUGUCUAAGCGUCCAGCGGUACUGGGUCUGCGCUCACCCACUCUCCCAGCUUAAGAAAAACAACAAGUUUGCAAUCAUCGUAUCUGUGUGCAUCUGGAUCUUCAUAUGGGUCAGCACUACGCCUUUGUACCUCUACAAUCAAACAUUUGAAUCAGCAGAACUCAACAUCACCACCUGCCACGACAUCAACUUUGUCAGUCAGGAGAACUAUCAGACGGAAAACAUGUUCCUGGAUGUUCAGCUGCCCUAUUAUUAUUUCAUGGUGAUGGCAGGUCUUGUGUUCUUCAUCCCGAUGUUGGUCAUCAUAGUUGCGUACGUUCUUCUCCUUCGUUCGCUUGGGAGCUCUGCAGUUGAGGGUGGUGCCGGAAAAACCCGCCAACGAACUGUGGUCCUCAUUGUCACGGUGCUCAUAACGUUCUUGGUCUGCUUCAUCCCCAGUAAUGUGAUGCUGGUGUUUCACUACUCUGUCCAGGAAAAAAGCUGGGCCAAUAACAGCUAUGGCUUAUACAUCACCACGCUGUGCCUGGCCAGCCUCAACAGCUGCUUGGACCCCUUCAUCUACUAUUACGUCUCGGACGAGUUCAGGGAGCACGUCAAGAACACACUGCUGUGUCGAAGCAGUCGUACGGUGAACAGGAUGAGGGUGUUGUUCAGGUCCAUGAAGCACUCGAAAAAGAACACGUACACUUCCAAGCACAGGGCCCAUGAAAAGAAGCACCUGCAAGAGCGGGUCGACAUGUGAUUAUAACUAGUAGCCAACUUUGGGUAUCUUGUUCAUCAUAUUUAUUUUCAUAUAAAAGCUACAUAACUUAAAUUGCAUCCAGUUUAAUAGCAACACUGCAUGAUCUUGAAUCCCGCGAUAACCAUCUUUGAUCUCACAGGUGUCUGAUCCACUACGAGAAGAAAGAGCUGUCUGACCUGCCAGCGCUUUCUUCACUCAUCCUCUCACUUUAGCCGCCUACUCUCAGACUUGCUCGGACAUUUAAUGACCGUUGAAAAGACGUCCCAUUUCAGAUGUAAUCCACUCUUUCUGUCUGCAAAGGUGUGUGCCAAAUAUACAGAUGUAUGGCCCAUAGAAACUGGUUGGUGUGAAUGAAUGAAUAAAAAGAAUCAGCAUUGCUCAGAGUGGAUUAGCAAAUUAGAUGGAUCUCAUGUGGGAGGUCCUAACAGGUUUCUAUUGUUUGUAUACAUGAACUAUUGUUUGUUAUGUCUUUAUGUAUAAAGUUCUGUCUCACAGACAGUUGAAGGACGACAUGAUAACAUCGCUGCUGAAGGACUGCUACACUGCAAACCUUCAAUAAAUUCUUCU